GCGGUACUCACGCUUGCGGCCGGAACUCAUGCUGGCCUCCAGCUGGCGCAGGGCGGCCCGCGUGGCCCCGGGGCCGGCCCGGCGCUCCAGCACGUGGCCGAGCAGCAUGCAGGCGUAUUGCGCGGCCCUGCAAGGGUUGUGCAGUCCUCGCCACUUGCUCUGGUUACUGUGUGGAUCCUCUGUCCUGUACCGUACAUCUAGGAAGGCACAAAGAUGCCCGUAUACAUCCGGAAGCAUCCUCUUGAGAUCCCUCUGCCUUCUGAAAAGGACUGGAUUAAAGAAGAUGAGGAGGAAAAUUUCUUCCUGCAAGAUCCUGAUCAAACCCUUGAUCAGUUGCCUCAGCCCUUCCGGAUGAUCAAUAAAAUGGUGAAUCUGGUGUUUGACGAGGCCUUGGAAAUCAUCGAGCAAAGAGAGGCACUCCGAGAAGCACAGAAACUGAAGGUCCGACCCAUGCAGUACAUGCCCACAGGUGACUUCAAGGUGGCAGGAAGAGCCAACUGCCUGGCAGCAUCUGGAAAAAACAUCUUUGUUGGGCUUUCCACAGGCCUCGCAGCCUUCAGCGCAGCUGACUGUAGGCGGGUCUGUGCCUGGGAGGCAGCAAAGUUCGAGAUUUGUGCCAUCCAUGCCUCAGACCUCGGGAAUGAGAACCACGUCCUCAUUGCUUUGGAUGAGAUGGGAUUUGCCCAUCUCUUUUAUUUUUGCAAGGACAGCCUCUUUCUCGUUAAAGUCCUAAAUGAAGUGGAAGAUAUCAGCAAGCGAAGCACUUGUGAGGAGGUGGAGCUCUCCCAUGGGGGCAGUUAUGCAGGUGUCCUGCUGCAAGGCAGCACAGAAGCUUGGCUGGAGAUCUACCGAUUGCCUAAGGAUUCCUGGGAGAGAGAGACAGAAAAUGCCUCAGGGGCUGCAGCUGCAGCAGCUCCAGCUGUCCAGGAAAGGAUGUUCAGCCAGGCUUCAGAAAUGAAAAGUCUGGAGUUGCAGAGAGAAGGUUCCGCAGAGAUGGAGACACGCAUGUCUACAAGCAAGUUAGGUGCCAGACUGAGUCUCCCCAUGCUGCUGCUGAAGGUCAGGCCACCCAAACCCCUCUCAGGAAGCAUAUUUAAAAGUCCACUGGAUGCCUUAAUGAAAAUUGAUGAUGGCAGCGUUCUUGGUUUGGGACACAAUCACAUGAUCAAGGACUGCCAAUUGGAGCAGCAGGAUGCAAUCUUUCACAGCACCUUCAAAACAUACCUGGAGAGAGGCAGUGAAUCUGACAGCAAGGAGGUGACUCCCAGACACACUAUGUUUCAUUUUAUCUUUCCUGGUCGGAUAUUGCGGAUGGGACCUGAAAUCAAAUCACAGCCAGAGGUCCCAGCUGGUAUCAGUGUGCACUGGAGUGGAAGCCACAAUCUCUGUCUGUAUUUACUGACCCGGCCCCUAAAGGAGAAAGGAGAUACUGAACUGAAACCUGAUGCUGUCUGGCCAUGUGCAGCUCUGAUCACAUGCUCAGCUGUCAGCUCCUGCUCUUCUUACUUGGCUUUGGCAUGUGAAGAUUCAACAAUAACUGUUUGGAACAACUGUCUAGGAAGCCCCCUAGGUGUAACUGCCCUCCCUGAGGGAUGCCUGAUCCGCAGCAUCCACUUCCUGCCGAGUCCUGCUGCCCCCAAGGACCAGGGGCUCUGCCCUAGUGGAGACCCUUCCCACCCCAAAGUGCAGCUCCUAGCAUUGUGUGUGGAUGGAUCUCUCCAUCUGGUAGCAGCAUCAUGGACUGGACAGUCCAACACAGUGCUCCUGGCAGGCAGGCCGCAGGAUCCAGGUCAGACCAUCAACACAGUGACACCCCUUCUCACCUUCAAUGGCACACUGCUGGUGUUCUCCCGGGACGGCACAGUGUCCCUGAUAGACACAGUCACGCUGCAGACCAUUUGCCACUUGGUUACCCCACCCUCUUACACAGUAGCAUCCCCCUGGCAGCCAGUGUUUGCCUUGGAUACUGAGAACCAGCGCCUGCUCCUCCAAGGGCAAGAGCAGCAGCGGGCAGAUGCUGUGUCACAGGCCAAAGACAAUCAAAGCUCCAUCUUCCUCUUUGACUUCAAUUCCCACCCACUCAGGGAUGUUUUCCCAAAGAAACUGGAGUCUCCCCCGGAAUCCCUGCAGCACCUGCCAUGGGACAAGAGAUGUGACAUUUUCCUGCGCAACAGACGAGAGCACUUGCUGGAGCUCAGCCAGCAGAUGCCGGGAUGCUGGAGCCGGUUGCAGAAUUACGCGGCCACCCUUCAGAAGGAGAGACAGAAGAAGUGAUUUGCAAGGGAGCAGCUAUGGUCAGCCUUCCAACGUGUGAACAGCAACUCUUCAUUGUAACUCAUCAUAGCCUCCAUCUUGAGGCAGCUCAAUGCACAGGUUGGCUUCUGGCCUCCUGCCACACCUGCUGCUCAGCCUGCACCAGCAGCUCCUCACCCCUUGUCUAUGGCCAUGGCACAACCAGGACAUGAGCAGUGUUGUGGGGCCACAAACAUAGCAGAGGGGUCUCUUCUCAAAGCCAGCCAGCAGGUCAAGCACUUGAACUGGAGGAUUUGAUGAGUGACUGAGAUUCACAGGGAUCUGGAAGAUUGACUCAGUAGCAGCAUGUUGUUACCAGCAACUCAGUUGUCAUUAAACCCUGUCAACAAAGCCCUCUGUGAUUGCAUCUGCGUCUGGUGUAUCACACGUUUG